GGUGUACCGGAAGUCAUCUUAUUCAAGAUGGCAGCUCUCUGUGAUUUGAUUUCAGCCGGAUUGAUAGAGAAGGAUACAAAUGAUGAUAUUUUAUGGACAUGGUCAUAUCCCAUGGUUACUGAACAACAGAGAGCAUUGUUCACUAGGAAAUGUUGUCUCAGUCAAGGAAAUGAACAUUUUGUUGAAUUUCUAUACAGUCAGCUGGGCCGUCAAUGGUAUUACAUCUUUACUCGCAAAGUUGACGACAGAGAUAACUUACCCAAGGUGCAAGCCUUCUCUUUAAUUCUUCUAGCAAAAGAUUUCAACCCAGAAAAAUACGAAGCUCUUUGCCAGAUUCUUUGUCAACGUUACUGUAAAACAGGUUCACCAACUUCAAUACUGGAAGUGUAUCUAGCAGUUGUGACAAAGGGAAAAUGCAACAGCGAGGAAAAUGGGAAAUUUUCAACUCAAGAUUAUCAAAUAAAACACGCUUAUGCAAAUUCAAAUCUAGCUGGUAUUAUAGAGGUGUUUGGUGUGGAGACUAUAUUGAUAUACACAGCAUUGUUACUAAAGAAAAGGAUAGCUGUUUACUUCCCACCUCAUUCUAUACAAGAUUUGUUACAGUUUACAAGAUCAUUGCCCGCUUUUGUGUGGCAUCGCCAGAACUGGAAUAUAGUUUAUCCAUAUGUUGAAUUGGUAGAUGAGGAGGUGGACCAACUGAAGACAAGUAAUCACUAUGUGGCGGGAUUUACAGAUGCAACUAUCGAGUCAAGGAGUGACCUUUAUGACGUAUUUGUGAAUGGAACAGCGGGGCAGAUAAGUGUAGCACCACAUGCCAAAGAUGCACUUGCAAUGGGGAAAUUACAUAAAGACAUUGCCAUGUUUAUGGUGAAACUGAUUGAAGACGAAGAAAUAAAUCAGCAGCAAGUGAUAAAGGAGGUAGCCAACAGAACCAAAGAGUUAUUAAACAACCUAAAAACACUUGCUGAAGAAGAUGGAACUAUAUCAUUGGAAAGUCUGAAAGAACGAAAGAUGCCACCAGCUACAGAAAACUUCCUGUUUAGUCUUGCUGCCUGUGAGGGCCUGGUUAAACUGUGAUAUAUUUAUUCAUGUUAUAGAGAUUUUCCCAUAACUGUGGAUAUUUAAUUUUAAAAGAAAAUAUAUAUUAACGCCAGUUCACAGUGCCAUAAUUGGUUGUAGUAGAUUGAAAAUCAAGGACAUGCAAUCAUAAUUUGAGGAACUGGGUCAGGACUUGAUUUGCACUUAAAAUUAUGGAGACAAAAUAGAAAAAAAAAAGUAUGAAAAACUGUACAUGUUUGGCAAUAUAGGCAUUUAAGGCAAGAUGAUUUGAUAGUAAAAACAGUAAUAAUGAUUUGAUGACAGAUACAUUUGUUAACCAACUGUGGAAUUGGAAAAAGAAUCGACAGUUACUACAAUAGAAUGACAUCAGUAAAAUGGUUUAAUUUUCCGUUUGAUCUAGAUUUCAAGUCAUUAAAGAUAGUGGUCUUUGAUUUUUUAUGCCUCAUGUAGUUUGAGCCUCAUGCUUCAUAUGAGGAAGCCAUACAGCUGGUUUAUGGAAGGUCAGUGGUUCUACCCAGGUGCCUGCUUGUGAUGAAAUAAUGCACAGUACAGAAGGACACCUUGGGUCUUCUGCCACCAUUAAAGCUGGGAAGCCGCCAUAUGACCUAUAAUUGUGUUGGUGCGACUUAAAACCGAACAAAAACAACCCAAAAUCAUUUAAUGCUAUCUUUCAUAGAUUAAAAAUAACUUGUUUUGAAGAAUAGUUAUAUGUUAGUUGGAGGUUAUGUCAUUCGAACUUUAUACAUGUGCAAUAUUGUGUAUUUUAAUAGUGUUACUAUAAACAUAUUUUACAAAAAUAUAUAGGUAAUUAUUA